AUGUCCUGCCGCAAUGCAUCUCACGCUGGUAGCUGGUACACGGAAAACGGCAGCGAGCUCUCUCGUCAGUUAGACAUGUGGCUGUCAAAGGCGGAUCUCACUCAUGGGCCAGCUCGUGCUAUCAUUGCGCCGCACGCUGGUUACUCGUAUUGCGGCGCGUGCGCAGCGUACGCGUACAGACAAGUCAGUCCUGUAGUUGUGAAACGGAUCUUCAUCCUAGGCCCAUCGCACCACGUUCGACUUGGCGGCUGUGCACUCUCCUCGCUAGACAAGUACCAGACGCCGUUAUAUGAUCUCACCAUUGACAAACAAAUAUAUGCCGAGUUGGAAGCGACACGGCAAUUCGAAUGGAUGGACGUACAAACGGAUGAAGACGAGCACUCUAUAGAAAUGCAUUUACCAUAUAUCGCCAAGGUCAUGGAAGAAUAUAAAACUGGAUUUACAAUUAUUCCUAUUCUAGUUGGAUCUCUUACGCCUGAAAAGGAGGCAAGGUACGGUGCAAUCCUGGCGCCAUACCUCGCGGACCCUCAGAAUCUUCUGGUAAUCUCUUCAGACUUCUGUCACUGGGGCUCACGCUUCAGAUAUACGUGGAGAGAUAAUUCGAGGGGACCUAUUUAUCAGAGUAUCGAGUGGCUGGAUAAACAGGGUAUGGAUAUUAUAGAGAAAAUGGAUCCUCGUGCGUUUACGGAUUACCUCAACAAAUAUGGGAACACCAUCUGCGGCAGACACCCCAUUGGCGUGUUAUUGCAGGCGAUAUCGAAGCUGCAGUCACAAGCAAACUCACCUCAAAUGUCAUUCAAGUUUUUAAAAUACGCUCAGUCCUCCCAAUGUAUGAACAUGCAAGACUCUUCUGUCUCCUACGCUAGUGCAUCUCUCGUUUUCGAAUAAUUUUUUUAAGAAUUAAUUGUAAUAAACAAAAUGUAUUUUAAGCUGGCAGGUUAGCUUUUUUCUCGCUAAGUAUGAAUCAACGCCCAUAAAUGUAUCAUACUCCGUCCAUCAAGUAUAUAACCAGAAAUAGAGACGAAACGUCAUUUAAUUUGUUUGAAAACUAUUCUGCCAAAUCGUUACGGUGACAACUGCGCUCCGAUUGGCCAGCCCGAAUUCGAAACAAUUAACGGGUGUCGUUAAUUGUUUCACUUCAUAUGGACCACUUUUACUUGCUAUAAUGGCCAAAAUUUGAAAAAUUACGAUGAAAUGUAAUUACGUUUGUUUGGUUUUGGAGAAUCUUCGUAACACUAUUAACACAGGUUUUGUACCUAGAAUAGGUUAUGAUGGUUCAACUUUUGUUUUGCCCAUACAAUCGAAUUGUACCUUAUUGUAGUCAUCUAGUUUAAGUGCUGUAUGUUUAAAUUGAAUAAAUUUAUU